AUGUCUGUCCUCACUGCUUACCCACCCGUUACACUCACGCCAUCCAUCUCUUCACCAUCCGCCCCUGGCACCAAGCGAAAACGAUCGGCGUCGCUGCACGUCCGCUUCUGCUCCGAAGCUCCUCAAGUCGAAUACACUUACUCACAAUCCGACUACGAUCGAAGCGGCCUCUUUCCAACAGUGACGCCCCAAGACAUUGAAAACAUCUACAAUAGCCCAGUCAUUCUUGCCGUGUCCUUCAACAUGAUCACUACCAACACAACCACAACCACAACCACAACCACAAAAGCGCUAUCCCAAAAACAAACCACCCCCAUGCCCCCUCUCAAGCGGACCAAGCAACAGAAACCACCACGCUUGUCGAUAGAUACCAGCAACAUCCACGGACCUUUGUUCUUCACCAGCAUGACAACGAACCACCAGAAAAAGUCAUUGAUGAUUCCGCCCAUGACACCCAUCGAUCAUCAAGAAGACAAUGACGACGACCUCCUGCGGAAGAAGCACAUCAGCAACGAGUGA